AUGUCUGACCACAAAUUCAUUGUUGCAGGCGACCAGCAUGAGUUUGACCCCGAAAAAUGGGCGUCAAGUAGCACCGAUGGGCUUCCCAAACGUCAUCCGGAAACUCAUGUGAACGUCUUGAUUGUCGGGGCUGGUUUUGGAGGACUCAUGACGGCUCUUGAGUGUUGGAGAAAAGGACAUAAUGUGGUUGGGAUCCUCGAGCGCAACACAGGUCCUAACUAUAGCGGUGACCUGAUCAUCAUUCAACCUUCCGCAGUUGCUGUCUUCCGUCACUGGCCAGACAUGUAUCGCGAGAUUGAAGAAGACAAAGUUGAUGCACCAACCUACUACGUCCGACACAGUGGUGAAAUCAUCUACGGUCCCUCGAAUCCAACCUACAAUGACCCGGAACACGCAGGGGAGCGAAAGAACACCCCAUUCGUUGGACCCGUGCAGAUCCGCAAGCAGUUCUACCAAAUGCUCUUGCGCCAGGUGGCCAAGCUCGGACUCCGCGUCGAGUAUGGACAGCGCGUGGACCGCUACUUUGAAGAUGAAGCCGCAGGACUGGGAGGCGUGGUCGUUGAGGAUGGAUCAAUCCGAGUUGCGCACAUAGUUGUGGCGGCAGAUGCCUUCCGCUCACGCUCGGAGUUGCUCGUCGCAGGCGAACACAUGCCCACACGGUCCAGCGGAAUGUCUGUCUAUCGCAGCGCAUAUCCUCGCAAGCUGACCGAGAACAACGAAGCAGUGCAGAAGCGAUGGGGUCCUGGGACAUCGACAAAGGAGUACUGGCUCGGCCCAGGCAUGCACAUGGGACUCUUCGUGUCUGACGAAUUGAUUGCGUUCGGGCUCACGCCACGCAACAGCUUUCUGACCGACGGAAGCGAUGAUCCGACCGAGUCGUGGGAUCCAGAUGUCGACCCGGAGGAAGUGUUGAAAGUGCUGCAACGCGUACCAAACUGGGAUCCAGCUGUCGAAGGCCUGAUUAGAUGUGCACCUUGCGGCGCGGUAAUUCACUGGCCACUGCUCUGGCGCAAUCUGCGACCCCAAUGGACUUCCAAAGGAGGUCAUGUCGUGCAACUAGGUGACUGCGCACAUUCCAGUGUGCCUGCCUCCGCGGCUGGCGCUACGCUAGCACUGGAAGACGCCGCCACGCUGGCCGCGUGUCUUCAACUUGCCUCUGUCGGUGGACCUACUGGUGCGCCACUUGGGGCUAAGGUUUAUAACCUCUUGCGCUAUCAACGUGUUAGCUGCGUACAGAAGAUGGCUUUCGUUAACUCCCAGGCAUUGAAUGCAUCUUCCAGCAAUUGGGAAGCAAUCGAGAAGGAUCCCAAGCAGGUGCGCAUUCGUUUCCCGAAAUGGGUCUUCAGGCAUGACCCGGAAGCCUAUGCGUACGAGAAAUAUGGCCAAGCAUUUGCACAUCUCGUGGCAGGAAGUGAUUUUGAAAAUACCAAUUUCCCACCUGGGCAUAAGUUUGUGCCAUGGACGAUAGAGGAGGUGCAACAGGAUAUCCGCGAGGGGAAGAGGGUGGAGAAUCUAUUGGAUGGAGAUUGGUCCUAG